AUGUUUACGAUUACUAAUAAUACUACCUCGCACAUCAAUAAAUGUAAAUGGGAAAGGACUAAAAUAGUUAAUAGUUAUAUUUUUAUAGGCGAUAAGACUAUCAUCUUCAAUAAAAAGUCUGUGGAGCAGAACAGUCAAGUCGUCAAAAGAAUAGUCAACAUGGCUCCGAGGUUUGAGAUUGCCGUCGGUCUGAAAAAAGGCCACAAAACAACUAAGAUUUCUGGUGGAAAGAAAGGCAUUACAGACAAAGCCAUCAGAAUUAGACCCGCCAGACUUAAGGGUCUCCAAACAAAACACUCCAAAUUUGUGAGGGAUUUGGUACGUGAAGUGGUUGGCCAUGCUCCUUAUGAGAAGAGAGUUAUGGAAUUGCUGAAGGUAUCAAAGGACAAGCGCGCCCUUAAGUUCUUGAAGAGACGCCUUGGCACACACAUCCGUGCUAAGAGGAAGCGUGAAGAGAUGAGCAACGUUCUUGUACAGAUGAGAAAGGCUGCAGCACACGCUCAUCACGCCCACUAA